GCCUGCAUGUUGAUUAUCUGGGCCCGCUGCCGACGCUACUGGGAGCCUAGCGGUCCCGCUGCGGUUUGGGCUGGGGUGGCAUCUCUCUUACACCGCCACCCCUCGUCCCUAGGUCCCCAUCCUCCGAGGACCGCCCUCGACCUUUACCCUCACCCAUCUCCCCCUCCUCCCCGCACCAGGGCCCCCGUAUCUGAGUAUCUGCACUCGUGCCGCCCCCCGCGUCUCUCCCCUCCCGCCGCAAACCCCUCGACCUCCAGCAGCCCGCCCCCGUGGGCCCGAUCCCGCCCCGCGGCUCCCGCCGCAGCCUCCUCCGCCUUCCCGCUCUCCCAGGGCUCGCGCCACUACACCCCCCCGGCCGUCCGCGCGCGGGCUUCCCUGUUCCCUCCUCCUCCCGCCCCCUCGGAGCCCCCUCCCCCGCCCUGGCCAGCAGACAUGCAGGUGUCUAUCGCUUGUACCGAGCAGAACCUUCGCAGCCGGAGCAGUGAGGACCGUCUGUGUGGACCCCGGCCGGGCCCCGGGGGCGGUAACGGCGGGCCGGUCGGCGGGGGGCAUGGGAAUCCUCCAGGGGGAGGAGGGUCGGUCCCUAAGGCCCGGGCCGCACUGGUGCCCCGACCCCCAGCGCCUGCGGGGGCCCUCCGAGAGAGCACCGGCCGAGGCACUGGCAUGAAAUACAGGAACCUGGGAAAGUCUGGUCUUCGAGUAUCCUGUCUUGGCCUAGGCACCUGGGUCACAUUUGGUUCUCAAAUCUCGGAUGAGACAGCAGAGGACGUGCUGACAGUAGCCUAUGAGCAUGGUGUAAACCUGUUUGACACGGCUGAAGUGUACGCAGCGGGAAAGGCUGAAAGAACCCUAGGCAACAUCCUCAAGAGCAAAGGAUGGAGGAGAUCAAGCUAUGUCGUCACCACCAAGAUUUUUUGGGGAGGACAGGCAGAGACCGAGCGAGGCCUGAGCCGCAAACACAUCAUUGAGGGCCUGCAAGGAUCCCUGGAGCGCCUCCAGUUGGGAUACGUGGACAUCGUCUUUGCCAACCGCUCAGACCCCAAUAGUCCCAUGGAGGAGAUCGUGCGGGCCAUGACCUAUGUCAUUGACCAGGGCCUUGCCCUGUACUGGGGGACAUCCCGAUGGGGAGCUGCAGAAAUCAUGGAGGCCUACUCCAUGGCCAGACAGUUCAAUCUGAUCCCUCCAGUGUGUGAGCAAACGGAGCACCGUCUGUUUCAGAGAGAGAAGGUGCAGGUGCAAGUGCCAGAGCUCUACCACAAGAUCGGUGUUGGCUCAGUCACCUUGUCCCCUUUGGCCUGUGGCCUCAUCACGAGCAAGCAUGAUGGGCGAGUCCCAGAUACCUGCAGGGCCAUCAAGGGCUACCAGUGGCUCAAGGACAAAGCGCAGAGUGAGGACGGCAAGAAGCAACAAGCCAAAGUCAUGGACCUUCUUCCCAUCGCCCACCAGCUGGGCUGCACUGUGGCACAGCUUGCUAUCGCGUGGUGUCUCCGCAGCGAGGGUGUCAGCUCGGUCUUGCUGGGGGUGUCAAGUGCAGAGCAGCUGAUAGAACACCUGGGAGCCGUACAGGUGCUGAGCCAGCUGACGCCGCAGACGGUGACGGAGAUAGACGGGCUUCUGGGAAACAAACCGCAUUCCAAGAAAUAGUCCGUCGAGGGGCGCAGGCACCCACAGCGGCGCCGCCGCCCCCGCCGCCGAGCGCCUCCCCGCCGCCGCCCCCCUCCCGCCCCGGAUCCCUCCACGCCGCGGCCGGAACCGGGAGGCCCCGCCCACUAACGAGUCCCGGGCUUCGAGUAGCGCUGCGCAUGAACAAAGCCAUAUCCUUCCGCGGAGGGCUCGCCAGGGCAAGUAGUGCGCCGCCGCCCGCUGCGUCCUUCUAGGCCUUCCUGCUGACCCCGGGCAUGAGUUACCGAGCCAUCCCCUCUCUGCCACUUGGUCUCGCUCCCUUCUCUCUUCUCCUAGUCGCCGCCGAGGCCCGGGGAGGGGGAGACACAAAAACAGGGCAGAUCCCGGAGACAUGCAAAUUACCUCAAAAGUGGCCCUUCAUAUGUCAUCAAGGGGUAAUAACCUAAUAAGUGAGUUGUGAUGUCAUCUGGGA